CAGGGGCAGGGGCUUGCGCUCUCCGCUUUUUUUUGUCAGACUUGGCCCAGAUGCGAUGAUAUAAAGACGCGGAUCGUGGGACUGUGCAGAGCCCUUUCCCCACUUCAGAGUUGGGGGCGAGUGCUGACUUCUCAGGACCCCGGUGCAGGGAAGCCCCAAUCCCUGACUGGCACCUGUAGAUGCUACUGCAAAGUACACCGCGAAUAAGUUCAUGUGCGACCACCUGCAGGGGCCAGGAGAGCUAACUAAGCAAGCCUGUAACUAGGCUCCUGGACCAGGCUCUGAGAGGGACUCUUCAAUUUGGGGCAGAGUGGCCUGGCAGGCAUCUACCGCGGUCGGAGCUCCUGGGUGCGUGUCUGCAUGGUGUUCAGCCUCCCGUCUCCUGCGCCCUACCCCCCUGGGCACGUGGCAGGGCCAUGGUGAUGCUGCAGGCAGGACUCUGUCCUGGUCUGACGGCAGAGAUGAUCCAGCUUCUGAAAGCCAGUGGCAUCCGAACAGUGGUUGACCUCAUCUCAUCAGAUCUGGAGGAAGUUGCCCAGAAAUGUUCUCUGUCUUACAAGGCUUUGGUGGCAGUGAGACGUGUUUUGCUGGCCCAGUUCUCAGCAUUUCCCAUCAAUGGUGUUCAUCUGUAUGAGGAACUCAAGAGCUCCAUGGCUAUCCUGUCUACAGGGAACAAGAGCUUGGAUACGCUGCUGGACUCUGGCCUGUACACUGGGGAGGUGAUGGAGCUUAUGGGAGCACCAGGCAGUGGGAAGACACAGGUGUGCCUCAGCAUAGCAGCAAGUGUGUCCCACAGCCUCAAGCAGAAUGUCCUGUUUAUUGACUCCACAGGUGGGUUCACAGCCUCUCGCCUACUCCAGUUGGUUCAGUUCAGGACAGAGGAGGAGGAAGAGCAGGUGGAGGCCUUGCAGCGAAUCCAGGUGGCCCAUGUGUUUGACAUCUAUAAGAUGCUGGCUGCGCUGCAGGAGCUCCGGCACUGCAUGUCCCAGCAGGUUGUUUGUUCUGGGGGUCCUGUGAAAUUGCUGGUGGUGGAUUCUGUCUCGGCUGUAGUUUGCCCACUCUUUGGAGGCAGGCAGUCAGAAGGUUUGGCCCUCAUGAUGCAGCUGGCGAGGGAACUGAAGACACUUGCCAGAGAAUUUGGCCUUGCUACUGUGGUGACUAACCAUGUGACAAGGGAUAGUAGCAGCGGUCACCUCAAGCCAGCCCUGGGCCGCUCCUGGAGUUUUGUGCCCAGCACGCGCGUGCUGUUAGAGAGAAGCCAAGGGGCUUUGGGGAAAGCCAGCACACAAUGUAUUGCUUCCUUAACAAAAUCGCCCCGGCAGCCAACUGGAAUAAAGGUAGAACUGGACAUUGGAGGCUAUGGAGCAUUGGAAGAGAGACCAGGUGCAUCUGGAGAGGAACUCUGAUGGAGGUGAAAAGAUGAAAAGUAGAUUUCAAGGCCAAGAUCUUGUCUUUUACUGUGGACACCUUUGCUGCUAAAAUAGAAAAGACUGCAGAACUGGACAGUGUGAGCCAAGGCACUGUUAGGAUGAGGAGAGAGUUCUGUAGUUCCAGUAAAGCGGUAUUGUAUUCCAUCACUGCCCCACCUCAGGUGCUCCCUUCUCCAGUGUGACCUUGGGAUCGCAAAAAGAUUUCAAGGGAAAGCCUUUGUGGCCUGGGCAAGUGCAGCAUGUGUGGCUGCAGUGCUUCUCUGGAACUCAUUAGAACCACAAACCUGUUACCUGGGGUCUUAUGGAUCAGCAGGAGAACCUCUGUCACUGUGGGAUCAGCAGAAUUCGCUGACAGCUCUAUAAAUCCUUGCUGGUCAAUGACUUCUAUUUUUUCCCUCCAUAACCACCUGCUGCCAGAUCCCAGAAUCCAUUGGAGGGGAACCUCUGGGAAGCUUCAAGGAGGAAUACAAAAGAACUGGGCCUUCGAGAGCAAGAAUCCUGUCGGCUCCAACAGAUGGUGGUGUAAACACUGUUAUCACUGUAGAAAACAGUUGUUACAGCAAGCUUCAGGUGUCUGCCUCACCCUGCUUAUUCCUCAGUGGAACUGUAGUGGACAUGGGCUUCUAAAGGAAAGGGACAUGCGUGGCACUCGUGUUGCAAAUGUUUGUGAUGGAACUCUUUCUACAGAGUAUAAAGGACUGCAUUGUAAGCAGCACUGGCAUUCAUGUACCUGAGUAAUGUAUCACAUGGCUGCUGCCUCGUGGAAAUGGGCCUUUUGGGCCAAAUACUCCACUGAAGUAAAUGAGUGUGGCCCUUGGCUUACACCACUUGAGGAUCUGGCUGUGUUUUAGGAGCAUUGUUGUUGAUGUAGUUGGUGUGUUUCUUUUCCAUCUACUUUUUUUGCUUGAAAACAGGGCACUUGUGUAUUAUUGAGGUGGUUCUACCCCAGUUGUACCCAAUGGUUUACAAUUCAAAGUGAGGAAAGAAAUGGCAGGAGCAGAAGAACUUGAAAUCUUCAGGAACUGUACUAGGGAUCUUCCCACCAGAUAAGUUACAGCAGUGUUUGCACCAGUGACAGCUCUCAUGUAGACAAGUCUCUGGUGUCUGAACUCACAGUUGCUUUUUGUCUGACAUAGCUCUGAUGGAAGCUGUAGAAAUAAAGGCAGUAAACACUACUGCAGUUGAAUAGAUGUUUGACCCAUGAGCCUUUUUAAUACAUUUUUCCAGCUAAGACAUUUCUGAGUAUAUCUAAUUUUUAUUUGUAAGCCAGCUUCCCCACUAACAAGAAAAUAUGUGAGACUGUAGCCAAACUGAAUAUUUGACAGAGCUUUCAGGGAGUAACAGCAGGUCUUCCUACCCCUAGCAGAUUGUUUCAUACACCUGUGUGUCACUACAACUACAGUGCUUGAGAGAAACCCAGAUCUCUAUCCUCUCAGGGAUAUAAUUUAAUGGGAAGGUGGUGAACAUCCCCUAAUCACAGAGUCAAUUAAAACAGAGGCAAUGCCUGUGCCAGAGUGUUUACAAUCGCACUUUUUCCUUUGCAAAUUGUUCAUUGUUUUAUGUGUGGAGACAUUAUGAGUCAAAUUCUCUCCCAGGGAAGUCAGUGGAGCCGGGGCAAUUUAUGCCAACAGAAAAUUUGGCCUGUUAUGCGUUUUGAAACCAGCUGUGAAUAAAACAUUGAUUUUUUUUUUUAUAUAUUUUUCAGGUAACCCCUUCCUCUUAUGGUUGCAUUAUUCAUCAGUUUGGGAUUCCUAGAGGAAAGCUGAGCAUAAGCAAGGGGCUAUGGAGCAGAGAAAGAAAAGAAUGUCAAAAUGUCUAGUAACACACAUUUGCAUUAAGGUUUUGACAAUGAGAGUGUGAUAUUACAUUCUCCAAGACUAUGUCAAUCAUUAGGGAAGAGAUGCAAUAUCUGAUUUGGGUGAGCUAACUGGGGGACUAAUUUGGCUUUGGGCAAUUGUUAUGCCAGAUUCAGAAGGAAAUGAGCUUGGGAGCUGAAGUAACUUGAUAGCAUGGAAGGAGGAGACCUCCAGUUAGAUGGAGCAAGGAGAAUGUAAGAGGAUUUCUCAAAUGGAAAGUCACAAGGAAAGGGGAGACCAUCAGGAGUGUGUUGCGGGGGGGAGAACAGUGGUUAGGUGAGAGAAUGAGAGGACUUGCGUGAACAAGAGCAAGACAAUGGUAGAGUGACUUAAUUUGAGUGAAUGGAUGAAAGUUGGCAGGUUAAUGGGACACUGGAAGGGCUGAGUGAGCAACUGAGGGGAACAAAGCAUUGCAGAGUUAAAGAAGCUGUACCAACUGUCCAUGGAAUACUAUGAAAAAGGGAUGAUUUAAAGUGUGCAUACACAUACAUGAUUUGAAUGAUUUCAUUGCCUGUAUUCAUAGAAAUCCCAUUUUUGCUAUGUACCAAGAAAAUAAACAUGUUCAAAUAAUAGUCACAAAACUGUA